GCCAUGCAUACAGAACCAAGAUACUGGAAGAGGCGACUUUGGGCUGAGGUCAUGGAGCAUAAUGAAACAAUCCAACUUCCCCUCGGAGCCCCACUGCUCAUCCGUCCCUCUGUCUGCGCUGGGAGCCCAGGGCUGCAGUCAUGCACGUGGUCUUUCUCGUGUGUUCGCUGAUUUUUGCCAUGUUUGGGUCGGCCCGGCCCGUCUCCCCCGUGCCCUCCGUGCCCGACCGCGUGCAGGCGCUGGUGGGCUCCUGCGUGGUGGUCCCCUGCUCGUUCCCUCCUCCGGCCGCUCCUCCCAGCGGACGAAGGAGGGAGAAGGUGGACGUCAGGGUGCGCGUCAAAAGUGGAGGCUACUUCAUGCCGCUCACGAGCACAGCUUUUAACAGUGAGCAAAAGGACCGCGUUAGCAGGGAUUUCUUAGGCCGCGCGUCGCUUUUUGGGAGCAUUGCGAACGGCGACUGCUCAGUGAAGAUAGAGAGGAUCAGUCAGGAUGACUCACGGAUGUUUGAGGUCGCCCUGAAGGGGGGCGGCGACUUGCUCUGGGGAAAACCGAAAACCUUUAACCUGGAUGUCGUGGAAACACCCGAGGCUCCCGUCAUCAGCGGCACGCUGUCAGCGACAGAAGGACAGCGAGUGGCCCUGAACUGCUCCGUCUCCUACCACUGCCCCACCACACCCCCCGCCCUUCGCUGGACGCUGGAGAGGGGGGCCAAGCUGAACGGCGCCGAGCACGGGGAGGUGCAGACGCUGAAGCCAGAGCCUCACAGGCUGAUGCUGCUGGCCCCUCUGUCCUUCACUGCGUCGCACCAGCCGAAGCCCAGGCUGAGGUGUGAGGCCAGCUUCCCAGGAGCACGGCCGCUGUCCACCUCGGAGGAUCUGCAUGUGACAUUUUCACCCAAAGAUGUGAGGGUGCAGGUCCAGACCCUGGCGGUGGUGGAGGGGGGCACUGCUCUGCUGGUCUGCUCAUGUAAAGCGGACCCGCCGGCGGCGGCGUACCGCUGGUCCUACACGGACCGGAACCGGACCGUGGACCUGCGCCAGCACACGCACGCGGUUCGGCUGCACAACGUGACCCGCGGCAUGCGGGUCCGCUGCUCGGCACAGAACCUGGUGGGCCGUGGCGAGUCCAAGCCCACGUCCCUGAACAUCCAGUAUAAACCAGCCAUCCUGCGCCUCUCCUCUGUCUGUGCACUGGAGGGAACGGAGGUGCGGUGUCACUGCUUUGUGGACUCCAACCCCAGGGCGGCGGUGACCUGGAGCGUUAACGGGACGGUUCCACCCCCUGACUACAACGUGUCCGUCACAUCGGAGCCUCACGCGGUCAAGGCUUCGCUGAACGGCCGCAUGGACAAGCGCCUGGUGGUGAUCUGCUUUGCUUUCAACGCAUGGGGAAACGACUCCCUGCUCUUACUGCAGAGAGAAGAGGAGGCUCCGUUGGUGUGGCUGCUGAUUCCUGCUGUGGCCAUCUGCCUCCUCAUAUUCCUGCUCGCUCUCAUUUCCUACUGCUGCCGCAGAAGAGCCCAGAAACAUGUCCUGAGGAGACCUCCGGCUGUGUAUCCUGAAGACUUAGGAAUUUAUCAGGACAGGAUGCCUAUGUACAUUAACUGCACAGAAGUGACUCAUAUCUACACCAACGGCAGCUACCAGCUUGUCUACCAGAACUGCACGCCCCUCUUUGUCCGUAACAGCCAGAUUCGUCCAAUUGGCCGAAGAGGUGGAGAGAGAAAAAGACGGGGCGAGGGUGGAGGGGGACGGGCUUUGGGGGUGAGGGGCAUCAGGGAGGUGCAGAGUCCUGCUGGGGCUGACGCAGAGACUGGUAUUUACCUGGAGGUCCUCUGAGUCGCCUGCUGCAAUAACGUUCAUUCAUUUGACAUUAGCACACAUGGUAGCAUAUACAUUCACUUAGAGUCCAGGUUGCUGAAUAUAGUCGACAUAUAUAUAUGUUUCAUCAGCAUUUCAAAAACAUGCACCCUGAUUUCUUGGUAAACUUCUUUUGUCUGUUUCUGUGUUUUUUUUAAAUAAAAACAAUUUUUGAGAGUU